AUGAGCCGGCGAAGAAGAAAACGAUGCGAUCGACGUAGACGCCCAGCAGAACGACGGAACCACGGAUCUGCAACAAACCGGCUCGAUCGCCGAAGAAGUAAAGAAGAGCUCGCCUCGGCACUAAACGGCAUCCGAACUGACAAAGUCUCCGAUCCGACCCGCGGCGACAAUCCAACCGAGGAGGAAGAAAACCUCCAAUGGAUCGAGCAGACAGAGCGCGAAGACGAGCCAAGGAGAGAGGAGCGGGAGCGACCCCCCGCCCCCCAAUCAAAGGGAAUGACUCACGCACAAACUCUCGAACUCAAAGAGCUGGGAGCCUCGAUGGCUCGGACAGUAGCUGAAAUACGCGCCAUGAAAUCCCAAGUGCACAACGCGACAAGCGCCGCGCCUGAAAUCGAUCGAAUGCUUGAAGAAACUCAGAGAACCCCAUUCACUGCAAGAAUCACGGAGGCCAGGAUUCCCGAGCUGGGGAAGGUGAGAAUCCCAUUCUACGAAGGAACAACCGACCCGAAAGCACACAUCACAGCGUUUCGGAUAGCAAUGGGACAAGCCUUCACAAAGAACGCCGCUAAACUCACCGAGCGCGAAGUAGACGCCGGAUACUGCCUGCUUUUCGUGGAGCAUCUCAAGGGAGCCGCACUCGAGUGGUUUUCAAGGCAGGAACGAAAUUCAAUCGGCAAUUUUCAACAGCUCUCCGCCUUGUUCCUUAAGCAAUACUCGAUGUUUAUGGACAGAGGAACAUCUGAUGCCGAUCUGUGGACACUAUCCCAAGGACCAAACGAACCGCUUCGGGAUUACAUGUUCCGACGUGAGAUGGCUCUCAACACGCCGCAAACAAUUCAAGACACUUUGCACCGAUCAUCAGACUUCGUCGUUAACGAGGAGGAAAUUAAAAACUUGGACGAGCAGUACGAAGCAACGAAAGCAGCAAUCCAAAGCUCAAUUUUGCUGCGCCCCGCGAAGAAGGGCAACCCAUCGAGCAACACAUCAACGCAGGGCUCGGAUGAACCUAGAAGCGGAGGCGCCCAUAACUACCAGAUAGGCACUGGACGCGGAAGAGGAGAGCCGCGCAACAACACUUGGAUGAGAAAGUCCGCCAACUACGACGAGAAGGCUUUCUGCGAGUAUCACCAGACCUACGGGCAUUCAACGGCUCAAUGCCGAACUUUAGGAGCAAAGCUCGCAGCAAAGAUGGCAGCGGGAGAGCUCCAAAACGCGGUCAGCCUCAAAGACCUCGUUCCUAACGAACAACAAGAGAGAGCCGAGCCGAGCGGCGCGGCGGAACCCGCGAAUCCUCCCCGACGAGGCGAUAACCCCAAACGCGAUAGGAGAGGCGAACCUGAAGAGCGACCCGAGCCGAGGGAUCAUGACGUAGCGAGGGUGCUCAUCGAUACUGGAAGCUCAGUGAACGUCAUCUUCAGGGAAACACUCAGAAGAAUGGGAAUCGACCUCUCCGAGGUGGAAGCAAUCCCCAAACCUCUAACCGGAUUUUCAGGAGAAACGACGAUGACUAUGGGAACGAUGAGGCUUCUUGUGGUAGCUGGCGGAGUCACUAAGAUCGUCGCAUUUUGUGUCACCGAUCACCCAGCAAUAUACAAUGUGAUCAUGGGAACUCCAUGGAUCAACGGGAUGAGGGCGGUACCCUCUACCUAUCAUCUCUGCCUCAAAUUCCCAACCCCACCAGGUAUUAAAACGAUCUGGGGGAGUCAGAAGGAGUCACGAACGUGCUGCCUAGCCGAGCACAAGCUAAGGAACCCCGUCACUGACGCACGAGCAGACAUCGACCGUAAAAAGAUGAAGACAGACCGAGAGCCCGCGAACGAGCUCUCGAAACUCUUAUAG